AUGGCGUCACCAUUGCCUCCCAUUUCACGGCAGGAAGUGUCCCAGCUCGUCAGGCAGGUGCAGGGAAAUCAGCUCUUCAACCGCCAGCUGUCCUCGGUCUGCCAAGUCAACGGCCUCAAAAGCACCGGCGUCAAGGCCGACCUCCAACGCCGUAUUGUUUAUCUCAUCCAGGAAACAGUCAACGCCAACGACGUGUCACGAUUUCACCAGGUCCGUCAGAGCAUCGCCAACGCAUUCGCGCAACGAUCCAGCCCCUCGUCCAAAUCUGCCGCUGCCGCUCGAAGCAGCAACCCGACGUCGUCGCACUCGUCGCUGUCAACGCAAUUUGCGUCCCCGAUGCCUUCGUACAGCAACGCCGCACCGUCCCUGACCUUUAAGCCGAGCCCCUUUUACAGGGUCGAGACUCCCGUCAGUACACUGCGUGUCUGCGAAGUCAUGACACAGCACAGAAACUCAAUCAACAUACCCCUCAAGCUGAGCGAUCAUCCGGCGCUUCAGCGUUGUCUCAGCGACAAGUCCUGCCGGGUCAUGAUAUUUUGUGCUGGCGAAUCAUCUGGCCUUCAAGAUAUCGUCUUUCCCCACCAAUCCGAACUUAAGGUCAACAGCGGCGAGAUCAAGGCGAAUCUACGAGGCCUGAAGAACAAGCCAGGGUCUACGAGGCCCGUGGAUGUCACCAACGCGUUGCGCCUGAAAACAAACCAGGCCAAUAGCAUCGAUUUCACCUACGCGUUGACGAGCAAGAAAUUCUACCUCAUUGCUAAUCUCUGCAAAAUCAUUUCAGUCCCUGAACUUGUUUCCGCCGUGUCUACCCGCCGGAGGAUACCGAAAGAAUCAGUCAUCGCGGAACUGAACAAGAAAGCCCAGGACCCCGACGUCGUGGCAACCUCUCAGUGCUUUGAUGCGACAUCGUAUCUCCAGCUGCAGGAACAAGGGCCGCAGUGGCUUUGUCCCAUUUGCAACAAGUCGGCUCCGUAUGAGCAGCUGGCGGUUGAUGACUACGUUAGGGAUAUUCUUGAGAAUACCCCUAAAGAUUUGGAGUCAGUCACCAUCGAGCCCAACGGCCGAUGGCUGAUUAAGCCGUCCCAAGAUGACCAUCAGGACACGGCCAACGACACAUCGUUGGAGGACGAUGACUUGGUGGAAAUAUCCGAAGCCAAUGUUGCGGGCGGGCGUCGGAUGGAGACUCCCAGAACAUUCACGCCGAGUGUCAGAACACCCGCUUCCAGCGGCAGAGAUGGCUCGGCAGGCGCCCCUCGAGGUGCCGCCUCGUUCAGUACUAAGCGACCAGCACCAGCAGUUAUUGACCUUACUGGGGACUCGGACGACGAGGAGCCCGUGGAACGGCCCAGCAAGCGGCAGAGCACAGCAACAAACGGGGUUCGCGAUGGUAGUAGCCUUGGUUUCCUGAGUGAGUCGCCUGUUGACAUGAAUCCUUAG